AUAAAUUGUAUGAUGUACAUUUUCAAGGAAAAGCUUAAGACCGGCAAUAAUGCUCAAUGGCAGGACUUCGUUUUGGUAAAAGAAUGAAUGACUAUGCUUGUAUAUAGUAGGAUUAAUGCAGAUUUCUUAAUCUAGUUAGUUUUCUUUGGUGCCCUGCGCAAAUAAAGUGGUAAAUUAAUAUGAGAAGGGCUUCUAGUGACGCCUCGGAAGAAAUUAACAUGGGAAUGUCCUCACCUUUCUUAUGUUUACAUUGCCUCUAACUUCAAAAAUGAAACGCCACCAGAUGGAGCCCCACCAGCAUAAAGACCAUAAUGCCCACUAAAUUGUUGAUAGGGUAAGGCAUAAUUUCUCUAUAAAAGGGCUGAUUUGUCAUUUCGUGUCUCACAGAACGUGUUGUACAUUUCUCACGCGUAAGUAUAUGAUGGUCCCUUGGCUUUCAAGCCAAGGGAAUUUGAUGGUUACGUGCCCUGCCCGGCAUGCAAAGCUUUAGAUGUUCUCGGUUAUGCCAUUGCAGAAGCAAUGAUGCAGUCAUUCUAUUCUGUUUUGGAAGCCAAGUAGUUUGUCAUCUCUGUACAGAAUCAAGAAAAAGGGCCUCUUCGACUUUUCUCUCCUUCACUUUUAUUGGUCCUUUAUGCUCCUCCUCUCUGUUACAAUUUGGAAUAUCAUUGGAAGAAGAAUGGCAUCCCUGGUACCAGGAGUUCUACUGAAGCUUCUUCAAAGUAUGAACUCUAAUGUGAAAGUUCGCGGGGAAUAUCGCUCAGUCCUUUUGCAGGUGAUCAGCAUCGUGCCAUCAUUAUCGGGGUCUGAAUUAUGGCCUAACCAAGGUUUCUUCAUAAAAGUCUCUGACUCUUCUCAUUCAACCUAUGUCUCACUCUCAAAGGACGACAACGAGUUCAUUUUGAAUAAUAAGCUGCAGCUCGGGCAAUUCUUUUAUGUGGAUAGAAUUGAGGCUGGUACACCUGUUCCAACUCUUGUCGGAGUUAGACCAGUCCCCGGACGGCACCCUUUUGAAGGCAAUCCUAAGGAUUUAAUGCAGAUUCUAGAGCAAUCCGAUAAUGAUGGAGUUAAUGGUUCAAAGUCCAUGGAUUUAACAGAAGCCAAAGAGAAUCCAAGUUCAAGGCAGAAGAUCGUUAUUAAAGAGGAAAAAGUAGGUGUUGCAUCCAGGUACAUGCAAGGUGUUCUAAAUCCAAACUCAAGAGUGAACGGGGCAGAUACUAAUAUAGGAAGCAAAGGAAAUGAUUCAGAAAAUGGGGUAGAUAGUAAAAAGGUGGAAUCUUCGAAAGGAAAGCAACUAGAGAUCAAAGGCCAGGUGCUCCCAAUUACUCCAACUGGUACUCGACUUGAAGCACUUUCACCAAAGCAAGACAUCCCUCAGUGUAACAUCCGGGAGACUGUCAUAGCACCUUCUAAGCGCACUUCUGCCAAACACAGUUCUACUAAACAGGAAAAUUUGAACAUGAAUUUGUUGUCUCGUGGUAAAGAUAAAAGCAAUAACACUGAGGCAAUUCCAUGGUCCGCUUUGCCGGUCAAGCUUCUGAAGCCUGGAAAGGUUAUUCUUAGAAGGAAACAUCUAGCCUCUCAGGUUGUAGUAGAAGCCCAAAAAGAAGCAUCUGCAGCAGCAUCGAUAGUUAAAUGCCUAAGUAUGUUUGCCAAUAUCUGCUCAUCUGCAUCAUCAGAGAACCCUCAUGCUACACUGAACAAAUUUUUUGCCCUCCAGCAACUCAUGGACCAGCCAAAUGGUACAACUCAGUUGAAAGAUAAACCAAUUCAACUAUAUAAGAUUCCUACUCCGGCAGAAAAACAUAAAUCAGGCAAGACGGCAGGUGUGAUGCCUGUUAAAAGCACGUCAAAGUCUCCAAAACCCUUAAAUGAACUAUCAAGAACUGAGAAGCAAGAAUGGGCCAAAGAGGAUGGCACGAAAAAGAUCAAUGAGCUGAAAGAGGUCCUUUUAAAUGAAACAAGAUCAUGGUUUUUGAUGUACUUGGAAAAGAUAUUAGAUGCUGGGUUUUCCGUUGGCUCCCAAGAGAUGGGCAAGGAAAGUAAGGAUAAUGCAGGAAGACAGAUGGAGCAAGCCAACCAUAUAGCUCUCACAUUAUCACACCUUAAGCAUGCAAAUGAAUGGCUGGACAAAUUGAGAAGCAGUUCUAACACGGAAAGUGAAGAGCUGGUGGAGACUGUUGACAGGUUGAAGCAAAAAGUUUAUUCUUGUCUGCUUGUACAUAUUGAUUCCGCUGCAUUAGCUUUGGAGAACCGAGCUUGAUUCUAAGUCAAGAAACUGCUUCACAACAAUAUAACUCUAAUUCUAUUUAUUAGUUAAAUUAAUAAACAUGAUUGAGCCAAACAUUGAUAAUGAAAGCUUGGAUUGCUCUGUUUUAGUGCAAUGUUGAUCUACAAUGCUAUUUGUACCAAAAAAAAAAAAAAGGGUUACUGACUUUAGGUUAAAUUUCAAUUUCCCUGGUAGAUGAAAAUAAAGUAAAGCCGUUUAUGGCUCUUAUUGACACA